AUGGUAGCCACUCGAUCCAACAGUUUCCCCCGCUCAUCUAGACAAUACCCACUAGCAACAGAAGUUAAUGAGCAUUUGAAUAGAUUGAGGGCUUCUAAAGAGUUGCUUCUGUCCCACCAUGCUUUAGCCCACGAAUGUGCUGAUGAGUUGUUGGAUGGUUCUCUUAUACUCCUCGACCUUUGCAGCACUGCUAAUGAUAUUGUGCUACAAAUAAAAGAAAGCGCAAGUGAACUUCAAUCGACUUUGCGCCGAAGGAAAAUCGGUGAAGCUGAGAUCGUAAGUGAAGUGAGGAAAUACAUGAGCUCUAGGAAAGUUUCCAAAAAGACUAUCCACAAGGCAUUGGGAAACUUGAAGGUCAUACAAAGGAAAAACACAGUCUCACAUUCAAAAACUGUUAGCAUACUGAAGGAGAUUGAAGCAGUGACUUGUUCUAUGUUUGAGGAUUUGUUAUCUCUCAUCUCUGGACCAAAGCUUGGAAGUUGGUUAUCAGUUUCGAAACUAUUGCAUCAAAGAAGAAUAGAGUGCGAAGAUGCUGGAAGAAACGUGAAUAAUUCAAAAAGGUUGAUGUUGCUUUGA